AUGGGGGUUGUGGAUCUUUUCGGUGGAGCGAUCACGACGACUUACCCGUCCAACUUGACCGAUGCGAGGUAAAGUCGCCCCCUGUCGAGUGCAUAUACGGAGCCUCGUCCCCAGUCCUGACACGACUUCUACGACGACCCCUUUAGUGAUCUCCGACAAGUUCCCGACACGCAAGAGGUGUACCUGUCCAACGAUUCGGACCUGUCGUUGAUCUUGGAAGUGUUGCAGCUCGUAGAGGAGGAAGGGAGUGGAGAGUCGCUCGAGGCAGGAAUACGGUACGCCCACAGUGUCUUUGUUCAAUGCUACGAACUGAUUACAUCACGCUCUAGUAUAGAACUGAUCUCUCUACCCGUAUAGGUAUCACUUUGCCUCCCUGGCGCACGACAACGAAGCGCUUUCGCACUCGAUCGACUCCACCUCCCAUCCAACCACCACCUCCCCUGAUCCCCUCUUACAAGGCCCGAUCACCCUCCUCGGUACCCAGUCCAUCUCUAAAUUUAACAAACCCGCCUCCCAAGCCGACCAAGUGAUCGUCUUCUUAGCACUAUGGAGGAUCCCGGAGAAGAAGACGGAUUUGGUCCUGACGGUCAAUUGGCCAAAGAUUGUGUUUGAUGAGGAGGGCAAGGCGAGGGAUCAGAAUGAGGGAGUGGGGAGAGCGAAGAAGGCUUUCGAAGAAGCUGUGAGGGAUCUCAAGGUUGUGGAUUGGGGAUUGUUCGCUGGUUGA